AUGCCCUCGCCGCCCGCGCCGGUGCUCCGGCGGUCGCUCGCAGGCUCGCUGCGAAGACGCCAAGCUCCCCGCCUGCGCGUGGCCGCGUGGUGCGCCGUGGCGGCGGUGGUGACGGGCGGCGUGGCGCCGCCGCUCCUCUCCGCCUUCGUGGGCGCGCUGCCGCGCGCCCCGGUGAGGCCUGGAAGGCAGCCCCUCGUCGGCGCGGCCGCGACCGAGCAGGACGUGGACGACAAGCUCGAGGCGGUGCUGCGGAAGAAGCGGGUGGGCCAGAGGAAGGAGUCCGACGACGACAUCUCCGACUGGGCCAGGCGGGCCGCCCAGAAGGUGACCGACCAGCUGCCCGAGGAGAAGGAGAAGAAGGCGAGGCAGGAGGCGGCACGAGCCGAGAUCGACAGGGAGCUGGAGCGAGAGGCCGGGGACUCCGCGGAGAUCGUGGCGCAGAGCCGCAAGAAGCGGAGAAGGGAUCAGCUGGUCAAAAAGAGCCUGGACGAAGUUUUGAAGAGGUCCUACGAGGACGACGAGCGCCCAGGCAACCUCCCUGCCAAGCGGGACGUCUAUAACGAUGUCGGCAUAACCGCGACGGAGGUGGACGCGUACUGGUCGCGGCGCGACGAGUCGUCCCAGGGCUUCAUCGACAAGUUCCUCGGCCCCGCCUACAUUGUGCUGAUCGUGGUCGUCGGCCUGCAGAUCUGGUCGAUCUACGACUCAAACGUCAACCCGCAGGAGUACACCGUGUCGUCCAUGGUGGGCCGCGACUGA